AUGGACCUGACGGACUCCAAUUUUGAGCAAAUCACUGAAGAAGUCAUAGAUGAUGUGGUUAAGGGUGAUAUGAUGGUGGAUGACAACCCUCUAGACCCUGAUACAGAUUAUCAUAAUGAAUUUCUUAUUUCAGAAAUUCCGAUUUGGAUUGGAAGCUUGUUUAUGCUUCAACACUUGAAUCUUGGCAAUAAUAGUUUUGGAGGUCUCAUUCCUCUAAGCAUAUGGAAUUUGUCUAAGUUGGAGACCUUGAAUUUGAAGUCUAAUUCUAUCAAUGGAUCUAUUCCGGUGGAUAUUGGAAGACUUCAACACUUGAAAUUUUUAAGCAUUUCUCGAAACAUGCUUUUAGGAAGUAUACCUCCAAUUAUCUCUAACUUAUCAUCACUUGAGCACAUCUCUUUGUCUGUCAACUUCUUAGAAGGCAAUAACCUCCAAGGAAAUAUUCCCAAUGAAAUUAUAAGUCUUGCAAAUCUGAAGAUGAUGAGCCUAAGGGUUAAUCAGCUAUCUGGCCCCAUACCAAGAGGCAUUGGAAACUUGACUGUGCUUCAACAGUUGUAUCUUGAUACCAAUAAUUUAGAAGAAAAUGGACUUGUUGGAAUUGUUUCAACAAAAGUUGAUGUGUAUAGUUAUGCAAUAAUACUAAUGGAAGUGUUCACAAGGAAAAAGCCAACAAAAGAGGCGAACCAAGACAGCGAAGAGGAAGAAGAAGAUGGCAACGAAGACAGCAACUCGAUGGAAACCUCUCGGCCAUAUAGAACAGCACGAUGA